AUGAAUUCAAUCUACAUUGGCAUACUUUGUUUACUACUAGCAGUCCUGCCAGCAAAGGCUGAUAUGGAUAAUCUUAUUGCCUCAAUACGGUCGUGUCAUGAAUCGAAUCCCAUAGCUGCAGGUGAAUUUGAGAAAUUCACUAAAGAUAAAAAUGCCGAAUUUGGUGAUGAUUUCAAGUGUCAUGUGAAGUGUGUGCUGGAAAAAGAGAAUGCCUUUAAAAAUGGCAAAUUUGAUGAUCAGGCCUUUGUUAAAUUUUCUCUGGAAUUACCUGAAUGGAAAAAUCGUCAGAAUGAUUUACAGAAAGCUGCCGAUGAAUGUAAAAACGAAAAGGGUGCAAAUGAAUGUGAUUUGGCUUAUAAUGUUGCCAAGUGUCUUGUUGAUCGUAAUGUUAUUGUCGUUGUUGCCAACAAAAUGUAA